CUAGAUGGCACAUUGAGUCUGUGGAUCUGUCAUCAACAACAUGCUGGCCUUGGAUGCAGCAAGGAAAAAGACGAUUGACCGACGGAGUGAGGACGUGCAAUUCUUUUAGCAAUGGACUAAAACAGGAACGCUGCUGCUGGGCACAAGACAGUGGGCCUCCACCAUCCUACCAUGGAGGGGUCAGCUGUAAAAAAAGUGACAGCAGCAGUGAGCAGAAGAAACUCAACGGCUCCUCAACAGAAGCGCCGAGCUAUCAUAACCUGCACCGAGAGCUGAUGCUCAGCCAUAAACGGGGUCUGCUGCUGGAGGAGAAACCGGAGCUGAAGCGAGUGUUGGAGCAGCGCAGACUGGAGCUGCACAAGGAGGCGGAGAUGGCACAACGACAGCCCUCAGACCUGGAGAUGGAGCUCCGCAAGAGGCAGCAGAAACUGCAAGAGUACGAGCAGGAGGAGAUCAGGCAGCGAGAGAGUCAGCAGAAGAUCCCAGAGUUUGUCCGUGUGAAGGACAACCUGAGGCGCACACAGACGUUUGAGCAGUGAGGCCCUGAGGCUCUCCCAUCAGCCCCUGCAGCAUCUCACCAUAGUGGCCCUAAAUCUGGAUGUUCACAGUCUACAGAGCUGCAUCCCCCAUACACCAUUUUGCUUUACGUUUCUUCACAAUGUACUUUGAGUUAUCACAUUUUGUGUAAGCAAUCACUCAUACCAGGCUAACAUGUAAUCCAGAAAUACACUAUUUUGCCAAAAGUACUCUCUUGUCUGCUUUCACAUGCAUAGGAACUUGAGUGACAUCCCAUUCUUAAUCCGUAGUGUUUAAUAUGAUCUCAGCCCACCCUUUGCAGCUACAACAGACUCAACUCAUCUAAGAAGGCUUUCCACAAGGUUUAGGAAUGUGUUUGUGGGAAUUUUUGACCAUUCUUCCAGAAGGGUAUUUGUGAGGCGGUCCAUCAUUAGUUGGAUGAGAAAGCCUGGUUCACACUCUCCACUCUAAUUCAUCUCAAAGGUGUUCUGUCAGACUGAGAUCAGGACUCUGUGCAGGUCGGUCAAGUUCCCACAGAAAAUUGGGAACAUGAAAUUGUCCAAAAUGAAUUGGUAUGCAGAAGCAUUAAGAGUUCCUUCACUGUAACUAAGGAGUCAAGCUCAACUCCAGAGAACAGGUCAGUACUGCUGUAGAGUCCAGUGGCGGUGCGCUUCACACCACUGUACCUAACGCUCGUGCUUGGUUACGUGAUGCUUGGAUGCAGCUGCUCGGCCAUGGAGACCCAUUUCAUGAAGCUCUCUACACACUGCUCUUGAGCUACUCUGAAGGCCACAAGAAGUCUGGAGAGAUUGACUGCAGAAAGUUGCUGACCUCUGCGCACUUUGCACCUCAUCAUCCGUUGACCCCGUCGUUGUGAUUUUUAAAUGACCUACCUGAGUUGCUUUCAUUCCCAAAUGUCCUCCACUUUGUUGUAAUACCACUAACAGCCGACUGUUGAAUAUUUAGUAAUGAGGAAAUUCCACAAGUGGACUUGUUGCACAGGUGGCAUCCUAUCACUGUACCAAGCUGGAAUUCACUGAGCUCCUGAGAGCAACCCAUUCUUUCACAAAUGUUUGUACAAGCAGUCUGCGUGCCUAGGUUCUUGAUUUUAUCACACAAGUGAUUGAAACACCUAGACUGAAUAUGAAUGAGUGACUACUUUUGGCAAUAUAGUGUACUUCCAUAAAGUCAGUCACAGUUCUUUUCCGAAUGGGAAAGG